GAGAGCCCCAAAAGGGCCCCCCAAAGGAACAAAAGGGCCCCCCAAAACUUCCUGAGGGUUUUUUUUGCCCCAGGCUUCCAAAAAGUUCUAGGCAGCCCUGAUCAUACAACUGUUAAAACGUACUAACGCAAACCCGGAGCCGGGUUUUUUUUCCGGGAUUGCACGGCACUAAUGAAACCAAUAGAAAUAUAUUUGUCAAAAUUAACACUCAAAGGUGUUCUGUAACCUUAGAUGAUCGCAUAAACGAACAUCUUCUAUGUUGACUUUUCUAUUUAGCUUCACAUCGAGGACAAUUGUAUUUUACGGGACAGUGCAUAUAAAGUCCUAGACAUGUCAGGCCGGGAUGCUUUGUUCCACUACGCAACCACAAUUGAUCGGCAUCUUUUAAAGAUGGAUCGACUGCUCGAAGCGACAAAAAGGUAGCUCCCUAGUCUUUACGUACCAUACCUACUAGUGCCCAGACCUUGGCCGAGUUAUGUUUUGUGCUGACGCCGAAGUUCAUCGUCAUUUCUUAAAAAUGAAGUUUAAAAUGCAGUCAACUGACGCAAUUACAUACGCCAGAAUCCGAAUCGUGCACGAAAAAUCGUUGUUUGUGAUCGUCGGAUGACGUAGACAUUUUUAUGACGUAGUAGAUUUUUCCACACACCACAAGGGAGCUUCAUAUAUACGGUUAAUUAAUAAAUAAUUUCUCAAAAUGUAUUAUUAUACUUAGUUUAUAGCCUGUGAUGGCCAAUAUUCUCAUAUUAAAUUUUAUACAGGCUUUUAGAUUUGUCUUCUUACUUUGAUGUAAACGAGCAUCCUUUUAAGAUGUCGCUAUCAUUUGUCGCAACAAGAAUCCUUCGAUCGUCCAAAGAUGACGAGAAAUAUGGUGAAAGUAAUUUGGGAUUGAUAUUCUCUGAGGAGAGAAAUUGCGGGAAGACUCUGACGUUACGUCUGAUUGCCAAAUUUCAGGGAAUUGCCCAAAGUCGUCACCCACUACUAUUAUCAGGUGGGAAUCAGAACACAUCUGGCACAUCUGGAAAAAUGGCAUUGGAGAGUUUAAGCAAAUCGUCCUUGGUAUCCUUACUUGACGAUUCAAUAAUCAACCAGAAUCUGGGUGAAUUUUUGAACCAGGUGCAGGGUGGUCUGGCGCAGGGUUCAUCCAAAUCUGGUCUUUUGUACCCGAAAGGAAGCUUACUACUUUCCAGCAAUAAAAAAGAAGUACAAAGGAUAUUAGGAAGAGUGGUCAGGUUCGACUACCGACUCAAUCCCAAUCAUGAAGACCACAAUGAAGCUGCUUUGACAAAAUUCGCCUGUGGCAAUAAGGGUAUUCUGGUUGCAUGGUGCAUGCGAUUUCUUCCUAUCUAUGAAGAGAUAAUAGAAUCGUAUUUUGAAGAUGUGAAAUGCAUUCUGAAGGCGCAUUUCAAUACAGGAUGUCAAAUGCGAUGGAUUAAAGGUGUUGCAUAUAACCUCAUUACGUACACAAUGAUACAUGCAUCUGCUCAGAAACAUCCCGACCUAACAAAUGCCAUCACCAUGGUCAUACAGGGAAACAUGAGUCGUUCUGCGGAAAAGUCUACUAUACAAAGAUUAAUGGUGGAUAUUUAUUCACUUAUUCUGCAGUCAAAAUCGAAAGAUGUUUCUUGUUUGACAUGGAUAAAUCCACUCCCAAAGGUCCAAAUUACAGAAAACGGAUCGUGGGAGAAAGCCAUUUGCAUCAAGACGGUCAUGAUAGGAGAAAUGCAAAACGUUUCUUGGACGGAAGUAAAACAAGAAAUACAGAGUUCCACAGUAAACGGCUGGGAACAGAGAAGCAUUUGUUUCGCAAAAGGCAGCAACGCAAACCUCGCUGACGUGCGCUCUAAAAGGAAUUCAACGCUUGUAACAACUGGACAAGGGUUCAAAAUCCCACAGAAGUUAUUGGACCCUCUUUUUAUCGAGUGGGUAAAUUUUGUUACUGGUAAUAACGGUCAGCUGCAGCCAGACGUGGACUUUAUCGAAGCGCUGACAAACAAAGAAGAACACGGAGAUGACAUGGAAAGAAAUUUGGAGAAAGAUGAGGCAGACACGGUCCGUUCCAUAGAACAAGAGAUCGUGGAAAAAGUGUCAGAUUAUUGUGAUAGGAUCAGGCAAGGAUAUCACAAUACAAAUGACGACGUACCUUCAUCGCCGUCAAAUGCGCAAGACUAUUCACAAUUUUUGUCACCUGAAUCAAAGAAAUUGUACAACAGAUUCACCCCGAAACGGUUAAAGGCUUUUGACAUGGCUGUUAAAGCAGUAGAACGAGCAAGCCGGUUAUUAAGUGAAGAGCCAACAGCACAUGAUCGUACGAUAGAUACUGCGAUAGAUACUGCAUCAGGUUCAGGUAUUAAUCAAACACCCAUCCCGAGUAAUAGUGAGGUAAACCCAAAGAGGAAACUGCUAUUCGCGCAAGGAGCAUUUGGGGUUAUGAACGAUAGCACUGAAGAAAACAAAAAAAUCCAGCGGCGAGAGGACUGUCCCUGUGGAGACGACGAAGAAAUCGUUGGAGAAAACUGGGUACAAUGUGACAAUUGCGGUCAGUGGUAUCAUUUGAAAUGUACGAAUUUAGAGAAGAUUCCGCCAAAAAGACAGAAGUGGUUCUGCAGCGAAAAAUGUACUGAACAAAUAAAGGGAAAGAGAUCCAAACAGCGGAAAUAGAGAAUUGGCAGUUUUAA